UUAUCGCAUCGCCGCAUCUAACCCUGAACUGUGUCUAACUGACGGUUUCGUCAGACGCUGCACUGCUUUUCUUUGCAGGGUUCACUUUCCAUAAAGAGGGAGUUGUCUCACUGCUGAUGCUGGGGAGAUCAACCCUUUAUCUCCCAUCUUUUAUCGCCAUCCCACCCCUCUGCGCAGCUGAGUCUACACCGGGCUAUAUUAGGACGCGCUGGAUGGCUUCUGCACUUACACCGGCGUGAAUCUCCUCCUCAUCAGCCUUUCUUUGAGUCUGCAAACAAAACGAACAGCAACAACAAUGACAGACCCGGCCCCCCAGGACACCUACCCUGUCCCAGACCCGACUAUUGUGGAUCCCUUUACGGCUGCGUUGCGGAACGGCCAGUGCGCCCAGGAUGGCUUCACCAACAACCACCACCAGCCAGCCAAGAGCCCCGGCCAGCCCGAGACGCUCCCCACGGGCCAGGAGAUGAAAAUUACAGACGGUGUGGAGGGAGAAGGUCUUCUCGAGAGCAGCAUGCGGCUGAAGCCCCAUGAAGCUCAGAGCUACAGGAAGAAGGCACUCUGGGUCUCCUGGGUCUCCAUCGUGGUCACACUCAUAAUGGCUGUGGCAGCUUUCACUGUAUCAUUCAUGAGACACAGCGCUUCAGCCUUCGGAUUUGCCUUUAAUGCUACUCUGGACAUCCUCUCGUCAUUCAUUGUCCUUUGGCGCUACAGCAACGCAGCAGCUGUGCACUCUGCACACAGAGAGUAUAUAGCAUGUGUGGUCCUGGGGGUUGUGUUCGUCCUCUCUUCUUUGUGCAUCCUUGGAAAGGCCAUCCAUAAUCUGGCUACCAGGGAGCCUCCGGAAGUGGACGACUUCCUCUACAGUGUGUCUAUAGUGAGCGGAAUCACAUGUGCUGUCCUAGCUGUGGCCAAGUUCAUGCUUGGAAGGGUGCUGACUAGCCGGGCACUUAUCACUGACGGGUUUAACUCUAUUGUUGGUUCUAUCAUGGGAUUCUCCAUUCUGAUCAGUGCUGAGGUCUACAAGGACCACGUUGACGUCUGGUUUUUGGAUGGCACCAUCGGAGUUCUAAUUGGACUCAUCAUUUUGGCCUAUGGUGUCAAACUCCUGGUGGACAUGGUGCCCCGCGUGAGGCAGACGAGGAACUACGAACGCUUUGAGUGAAUGUGUGUGUUGAGCAUAUUCAAACACACACACCUCUCAGCCCUCUUCUCGCUGUGUUAUUUACACACUUUCAUACACAUUUAACCUGAACAUGCAGCAUAACACUAUGCUAUGAAUACUGUACAUAGUGCAUUCAGAAACACACAUUAAUGCACACACAAAUGCAGACAUCUGAUAAACUUUGAAGGAGAAGGACUUGAUUAAAGAGCACAUCCUGGAGAAAAACACCUAAAUACUUAUUUUCGGACCUUUGUCACUUUUUGUCCAUAAAACCAGUUUAAAAAAGGCGUCUAGAAUAAGAAAAGGCACAAGACCUGAGAAUCCUGCCUUCAAGCAGGAUUUGGGAAUCCCACUAGUUGCUUGAAUGACAUCAUAUAAAUAAUCACAUACAGUAUAUCAUGCUGUAAGAUACUACAGUAUAUGGAAUUGUCAUAGUGGAUAAAAUCAGGGUCAAAAUUACUAAAUGGUUCAGAUUUGACUUAAAUGAGGCUUACACAAAAACAGGAAUGUUGUUCCAUAAAAUAUUUUUAGAAAAUGUAUAACGAGAUUUUGAAGAAACCAAACUCCAGGUUGAGUUCUGCUCACCAUUUUAAGGUUUGAUAUUUUUAUUUGUAGUUAUUAUUAAGUACAGGUGACUGUUCUUAAUCAGACACACAUUUUGUCAAAACCCCAGAGGCCUCCUCUCUUCAAAGCAACGACCAUACAUCCUUAUUUGUUGCUGAAGAGGAAAAGAGGUAAAGUAAAAGAGCACAUGUGCAGUCCUUAGUCAGCAUACACUGCUGCUCAAAGGCAUCAGCAAACACAAUGAGGUCAUCCUCAAUCUAGGAACUCAACUAAAACCAAACAACAGUGAAGAGCACAAAAGACACUAAGGAUAAACAUUUGAUGGCUAUGUAGUGUAUGUAAUGUAUCCAAGCACAUCUUAGCACAGUGCCAGUUUUAGCACAAUGGGCAAUAACGUAUUAAGAAAUGAUCUGAGAGUAUUUAGUCUGUUUUGUCUUUGACUUUACAUUUCAUUGCCAUGCAGUAUACAUAUCUUUAGAUUUUUUUUAACAAACACAUACAUGACUCAUGCAAUAACUACAAAUGUACUGAAACUGAUGAGUGGUUAUAAAUCCCAAGUUCUUUAAGGGUAAGAUGGAAAAAAUAAUGAAUACGUUUUGGUUUUAACACCUCAUCACGUUAAAAUUAUGAAUCAAAGGCACUACAACAAAGCCUCUGGUACGGUUUUCUACAAUCCUUUUCAUUUAUAAUUUUCUCGAUGGAAUUUUGUACUGAAUCUGAUUGGGGUAUUUAUUACUUCUCUUAAUCUUUUAUUGGAUAAGACAAAGUCUCAGACCUAAGACGAAACCAAGCACAAUGACAAAGAUAAAGCAGCCUGAAGGGAAUAUCAUUUUCAGAGAUGCUGUUUCCUCCUGCGUAUGCAUACCUGUUUAUGAGUCAUUUGUUCUACAUGUUACCAUUGUAGUCAACCAUUAUGUGCAAUGAACUGAAUGUAAAUACUAACCACAUGGUCUGUUAAUAUGUUAAUUACACUGUUCGGGUGCAUUGGUAAAAAGAAAAGUCAUAAAUAUAGUCCUAGUAAUUUACAUAAUAGGCUUUUCAGAUUAGACAACAUAUAAUUAAAGUACAGGAUGAUCAAUGUUGCAUAUAAUUACAAAUCCUCACUCUAUAGUGCUUAUAUUGUAAACGUUGUUUUAAAUAUUACUGUAGAUUAUUGGUGAAAUGACAUAAGUCUUAUUUGGCACUUUACUGAAAAAUAUCAUAGAGUGGAUGAAGGCGGCAUCUGACAGCGCUAUCCAAGGAUCCUUUAAUUUGAACAUUUCAAAAUAGGAGUUGAUUGUCAAGCAAAUCAUAAUUAAACUUGUUGAAUAUGAAUCACAAUUAUACUGUAAAUGGUAGCAAAAAGUACUCAAUAAUAGUAAACUCUAAUCAAAAUUACAAUUAAAAAAAAAGUUAAAUGCUCCGAAUUGCGAAACACAAUGUAGAGAUAUACCUUCAUUGUCAUCCUCUCAGAAAAAAUUAAAACACCUCAAAAUGAGUCGUAACACUCAUGAAACUUUUGAUUAAUAAUGUAUAGAAAUACAUUGAUACAACUCAUUCAUAGACCCUUUGCUAAGCACAAACAGAUUUGAAUGAGCUUUUUACCCAUGGCACCAAAUACAUUUCCCCUGUCUGCAUGACUGUGGCCUGGUUUAUUCUUCUGAAUGUGCUUCUAUGCCCCCUUGUGUUAAAAGGCCACAUGACAAAAGUUGUAAUUACUUUCUAGGAAAAGAGUUUACAUUUAUUCCGAGCAGUAAUAUAUCCUAGGACAGUGAUUCUGACAACGCCUACAUCCACUCUACGCUGUAACUAUCAGCUCUCUGUUGACACACUGGACAAAGUGCGACAUUAUUGCUAUUGUCUUUAAUUUCAUUUUGUGAAUAGCUAUAACUGAAAGGUGUGAAUCCUCUCACGCCACUUCAACUCACCAACAGCACACUGAUUUGUAAUGUUUCCCCUCUGAUGCAUAAAAGACAAUCUUUACAAAAACGUUUACUAGCAAAGCACAGUGUUUACUUGCAAAUAACCACAUGACAAGGCACAGAACAAACUCUUAAUAACGGUAUGCUUUACUAGCGCUUUUGCUCAUAUGGUUCACUAUAUUGUGUUGAUUUUAGCAGCGAAAUCCUUUCUACCUCUGCAUUUUUUUUGUGUUUUCAUGCUUUCUUCUUCAUGCUAUUUAAAAUGUAGGCCAGGUGCUGGGAUUGUGGCCCCUUAUACUCCUUAGUAAUGGGUGAUAUUUUAAGCUGUUGCACUCACUGUACAUCAGGUCAGUGCAACAGCUGAAUACCUAAAGAAAUAGACACAUAUGUUGGAUAUAACUCUUAAUUUUACAAUCAUCAGAAUUGCAGUUGUUUUACAUUCAUCUGUAAACUGCCUAAAGACAUGUUUGAACAUUCACACUCACUAUCAAAUAGCACAAACAUAACCUCCAUAUUUAUUUGCAAGGCAGUAUGAUAUCUAAUACAUUUUUAUGUUCCAUUGAAAAAGCUCAGAAACAUUUCUGCAGCUUGUGCCAAAUCAUUGAAAACAUCAAUUCCUUUCUUCCGAUGUGUGUUUCAUUAAAUUAUAAUUUGUAUUGUAUGGAUGAAUAGAUGUAUUAUUAUUAUUAGUGCCCCAAGAAGAGACAUCAAUUCAUUAGUUUGACUUAAUUUCACAAUAUUAAGAUAGCAAUACUAACCACAUCACUUCAGAGGUUACAGGUGCAUUUCACACACACACACACACACACACACACACACACACACACACACACACACACACACACACACACACACACACACACACACACACACACACACACACA